AAAUGAUACGAAGGGCUAGGGAAAAAACUGAAACUCGCUUAUUCUAUUAGUUUUGUUCGCUGUUUCCCUAUUUUUUACGUUCUUCCGAUUUUGCCAGAGAAGAGCCUUCAUUAGCUACAGGCACUUCUGUGUGCGCCAAACUAUCGCAUUGUCAGAAAAGAGGAAUGCAAGGGCGUCACCGAGCGAGCUGGCAAACACUGACCAUGAAACUAUUCAAUAUAGGGAAGAUGCCGCUGACGAUCGACUAACCUUGAACGUCGCCAGCGAAUAGCACCGCUCAAGUAUCUGCAUUUGACCACUGCUGUAUGCGCUUAAUGGUUGUGGCUGCGGUAUUCGAGAUGCAACCGAAGAUUGGAACAAAAUUGAGAGGGACAUUUGACAAGUCAGACCUGCAUUGGAACUGUCUCUGAUUAUAAGUUCACUGUAGAAAUGCGAUCAUGGCAUACUAAGUAAGAAAGUGUUUCGUUUUGGUGCUGCUCGUACAACGGUCGACAUGAGAAACGUAGGUUAUCUCCCUUUCGUCGUGACUGCUAUCCUUAUGGCAGUAACAGCUGCGUCGCGCGUCGAUCAUGCGUACAACCCAUAUCGGGAAGGUGGGUAUUAUCAUUUUGAUCACCAGGGAAUUCCGCAUUGGCACCCCGGCAGGUACCAUUACCACGGCUACGAUGAAUACAUUUACCGGUCACCUAAAUACAUAAAGUACCUAAGCGACCCAGUGGUUCAUCAGCGUUUGCCCACGUACACGAGAACCUAUGAGGUCCCGGUUAAUUAUCGCCAAGUCGACCAUCAGCAUCACCAUACCGACGAUCGUACCAUCGUUGAAAAGAAGAUUUACAAGCAAGAAAUAACACCUGUUCACUGCCAUAUCGGACCGACCCACAUCGAUGACUCUGGCGUUCACGGCCAUGUUCACUAUUAAACUCAGAUCAAACGCAAAAUGAGACGAUUUGAUCUAAUCAAAUUUUUCUUUUCUCUAUCUCAGUCUGAUAUUAGAAUUUCCAUAUGUCACAACCAAACCGAUGGGGCCGAUGGACACGUACGACGCGAAUGUUUCAUUAUUUAUAUGUCAAACGUAUGCGCCACAUGCAUCCAGUCGAGAAGUGUCUCGAGUAAAACGUGGCAGGGGGCGACAAGACAUAAAAGAAGAUCAAUUCAGAAAAAAAAAGACGUACAAAAAAGCCGAAUCGAAAAUUGAUGUUCAGAUAGAAAACAACUAUGCCGUCAGUCUUGCCUCAGACGAAACUAGGGUCGUGAAAAUCCUUCGUGUCUUUCUAACGAAAUAGUUCUUCAAAAUACGGUACUGAUCUUUUGGCCUCGUGCUCAGUGGAAAAUUAAUUAUAACUCUGUCGUGCUCCGUCCGACAUCACUGUAUGUGAAGAUCGGGCCUGAGGAUUACUUCAACGUCGUAAGUGUACUCGGGAAAACUCUAAGGCAGGAACGAGAAAAAAAAAUAUGAAAAUACGAGACGUUCUGGAGGAGACGUCUGAAUACAGACAUUGUGUACGUCUUUUGAUGUAAUUUCUGACAGCAUCUGUUUGCUAUCGGACCGAUGUACGAAGUAUUGUGUGGCUGGAUUCGAAUGGCGCUUUUAUGUAUGCACCAGUACUGCCUAUUGAUUUUGUAUAUUUUUAUCGUGAGUAUGUCUAUAUAUUUUAAAUAAAUUUUUAACCUUGUACGAUAAUCGGU